GGCCCUCCCAUCCGCAACCCGUGCCCGCCCUUGCCGGCUCAGCACGGCUGCCGGCGCAUGUGCGGCCGAGGCCCAAGGACGCGGACCCGGCCCGGCUGCGCCCGUAGGGUCAGAGCUGGGGCGGCCCCGGCGCCAUGGAGCAGGUCGGGGAGCGGUCGGCGGCCCGGCUGGUUGCCAUCCUCCGGCACCUCUCCCCGCGGGUGGGAGCAGCUCCUGCUCCUACAAGCAUUCCUACGUCAGCCCAAGUGAGUGCUGUUCCUCAACCAGGGAGGUUUUGCUAUACCCUGGACAAUGAUGUCCUCACCACAGAGCAAAGGCAGUUCUAUGAAGACAAUGGGUAUCUGCUCAUUAAGAAGCUUGUUUCUGAUGAAGACAUUGAGCGCUUCAGGAAGGAGUUCAUGAGGAUUUGUAGAAGGGAGGUGAAUCCACCAGGAGCUAUGAUUAUGAAAGAUGAGUCCCUGAGAUCCCAGUAUGGUCAAUCUGAAAGAGUAGUUAAUAAAGUGCAGGACUUCCAGGAGGAUGAAGAGUUGUUCAGAUACUGUACUCUGCCAGAGGUCCUCAAAUAUGUUGAGUGCUUCACAGGGCCAAACAUCAUGGCAAUGCACACCAUGCUGAUAAAUAAACUUCCAGAUUCUGAUAAACAGACUUUUCUCCACCCCAUGCAUCAGGACUUGCAUUACUUCCCCUUCCGGCCCGCAGCCCGCAUCGUCUGCUCCUGGACCGCCAUGGAGAGGGCUGACCAGAACAACGGCUGCCUGGUCGUGCAGCCAGGGACACACAAGAUGCCCCUGAAGCCUCACGGCUAUCCAAAGCAGGAGGGUGCGGGCAACAAACUUUUCCAUGGGCUGCUUGAUGAGGAUGAGAAGAUUCCCAAGGUUCACCUCGUCAUGGAGCAGGGAGACACGGUGUUCUUCCACCCCCUGCUCAUCCAUGGCUCCGGGAUAAACAAGACAACAGGUUUCCGAAAGAGCAUAAGCUGCCACUUUGCCAGCUCAGAGUGCUACUACAUUGAUGUCAAGAACACGAUCCAAGAGCAUCUGGAGAAAGAACUGGCAGAAAUGGUUCGCAAGAAGUACAACAUGACUUCUGUAGAACUCAAGGAUAUUUGGAACUUCCGGGCACGGCUUGUGCAAGGGGAAAGAGUUAAUCUGUAGAACAACCCCUGAAGAGCAGGAUGGAAACCACGGGCCUGAGAAGGAGCUUCUCUGAUCGGAGGGUGCAGACCCUGCCUGUGCUUUGUUGACCUCUGUAUUGGUACCGUGGCCAAAUCCUGCUUCACAAAAUCAUGUAAUGCUAAUAAGAAAUAAUUGCACUGAGGUUGAACAGCUGAUGCCAAGGGAAACCUGACCUAGAAAACUGGGUUUGCUGUGGUUAUCGUAGAAAAUCAAAGAAAUAAGGUCUUGAAAGAACACUUUGAUUUCCUUGAUGUUUUUAUUCCUGGUUUUUAGAAGUUUCUCACUGACAUCCCUCUGGAAUGAUGCUAGAUUAACCUAACAUUUUAUGCAAGAAUUUCCAGCAUUUCCAACCUCCUUUUCUAUGCAAAAGUAAAAUAAAAUGAAUCAGAGUUUCAUGCAAGCCCUCAGAAUGAGCUCACAUGGGAAGUUAUUAGUACAGCUGAUGGAGAUGGGCAUAUUUGUACCAGCAGAAUCAACCUGUAAGAACUGGACAAGGAGAAGAAACUAGAUAAAGGGGAAGCAGCAACUACUCAUAUAGAAAGAUGGGAUUGAUGGGCUGGAACAUGGUUGCUAUUUGGGUUCCUCAGCCAUGACCUGGUGUUGGCAUCGCCUCUUACCAAGCAGUGCUGGCACAAGUGAAAGGCAAGACUGACAGGGCUGGGAGUUACAGGGCCAGCAAAGCAGCCUCUUGUUGGCCUUACUGCGGAUCCAAGGCUGUGUGAAAUGAGGGGGGAGUCCUUUGAGUCUGGGAAAAGGUGCCUUUUGGUGCCACCAGGUUGGGGAAGUGGUUGGAUGCUGCUCGGGAUGCACUGGUGUAGGGCAGAGCGACGUGCACUGACGUGAUCCUCUUGCCUCUCACAAUGCUUUUUCUUGCUUUCUGGGUGAUUCUUUUGUUUUCAGAAUCUAUUUUCCGAAAUACAGAUUAAAUCAGAGCAAAGCUGUG